CUCCUCCACUUCGGUCAAGUUGGCAGCAUCGUCGCAAACAUACGGCUUGACAGUGUUCCUUUUCUUUCCUCUUCCGUUUCGAAUACACCAGGUUCAAAAUGGUGCAACGGUUAGUUUUCAGGCGACGAUUGUCGUACAACACAAAAUCAAACAAAAGGCACAUCGUGCGUACCCCAGGUGGUAAACUGGUUUACCAAUACCUGAAGAAGAACAGGAAGGUACCAAAGUGCGGACAAUGCAAGGAGAAGCUUAGGGGUAUCACCCCGUCCAGGCCUCUGGAGAGGACCCGCAUGUCCAAGCGUUUGAAGACCGUUCAGCGCACGUACGGUGGCGUCUUGUGCCACAAGUGCGUCAAGGAAAAGAUCGUCAGGGCUUUCCUCCUCGAGGAGCAGAAGAUCGUCGUGACCGUCCUCAAGGCCCAACAGGGCACCAAGAAGAGGAAGUCAAAGAAAUCGAAGGUCAACAAGAAGCCAGCUGCUGCCGCAGCCAAGCCCGCUGCCGAAAAGUAGAUUUAAUAUAUUAAAUAAAGACGAUUGUGACAAGAAAACCAAUAAACGUUUGAUAAUUUACAACA